GUUGAUAAAUGUAAGCUUUCGGGGGAGGCAGGAAACAGAACACUGUUGUUGGCUUCUGCUACUUUCUCUCCUCACUUUCCCUGUAUUUGUAUUUUUUUUUCCUUUAUGUUCUUGAUUUCAGUGCUUUGAAGGGGAAAAAAGGGUGAUCAGUGAUCUAGAUUCAGACCCAGAAACCUGAGUGAGGAACAAGCAAGUUUGAGUUUAAGCAAAGUUUAGAAAGGUCAAGUAAUCGGGCAAUAUCCUAAGAGGCAUUUUGUCAAACACUUCAGUGAAGAAAAAGCAACUUUGGUGUUCAAGGAAAGUUAAGGAGAUCAAGUACUGAAGCAAACAUUCAUUUGGGCCACUUUUGAAGGAAUUCAGGCAUCUUCUUCAGAAGACAUGAGCAGUAGUCUUUUGUACACUCCUAGUUUCAAGUACCCAGAUGGGGAUUUUCAGAAAAACCAAGACUUCAUGGAAUUAAAUCACCAGCACCAUGUUCAUCAUCAUAGUAAUGAUCAUAAUCAUCACCAGAAACAACAAAUCCACAAUCAGAAUUCUGGUCAAAUGCGAUUUCGCUCUGCACCAAGCUCUUUCCUUGAGAACCUUGUCAAUGGCAGCAAUAGCGGUGGUGUUGGCGAGGAUUAUCAAUGUUUUCAAUCUUCAAGCCCUGAAAUAGACACCAUUUUGACAAGAUUCAUGAAUGGUUCGGGUGUGUCGAGCACUCACGAUUUUCGUGAAUAUGGGGAGAGAUCAAUGAAGCAAGAAAUGCCGGAUUCUCCAAAGAAUCAGAAUGGUUUCUCAAAUGGAAGUUCAGAGAUGGUUUAUCAGAGUUUACCAGUUCAGAACUUGGGAAAUGAGACAAAAAUGGAUUGCUCAUUUGGUGUCAGGAAUUCUAUGAUGGAAAACUCUAUGCAACCAAAGAUGGGUAGUGGAAGUGGCAACAACCUUCUUAGGCAGAAUAGCUCACCAGCUGGACUUUUCUCCAAUCCAGGAGCUGACAAUGGUUUUUCCAUGGCUAAAGAUCUGAGAAAUUUCGGAGCAUCUGGUAGCAUAAAAGGAGAAGUCUGUUCAAUGACUAGUAAGCUGAACAAUCCUAUGAACUUUGCAUCUGGGGCAUCAUCUUCACGCUUGAGACUUAUGCCUCAAAUUGCGGAAACUGGGGAUGAGUGCAUAGGUGCAAGUAGCCCUGAGAAUGAAAGUUUGGGGAAUUCCAGAACUACACAUGGCCAUCUCAACUUUGCAAAUGAUACUUGGGAAGAUAGUUCCUUUAAUAGCAUGAAAAGAGUCAGAGAAAGUGAUGGAAACAUUUUCUCUGGUUUAAAUCCUUUCCAAAGUCAGACUACUAAAUCCUUAAAUGGCACCCUUGGCUUGACUCACCAUUUAAGCUUGCCUAAGACUUCUGCUGAGAUGGCUGCUAUGGAGAAGUUUCUGCAAUUUCAAGGCACCGUUCCUUGUAAAAUUCGAGCCAAGAGAGGUUGCGCCACUCACCCAAGAAGCAUCGCAGAAAGGAUGAGAAGAACCAGAAUCAGUGAAAGAAUGAGAAAACUGCAAGAGCUCUUCCCAGAAAUGGACAAGCAAACGAACACCGCGGAUAUGUUAGAUUUGGCGGUUCAGUACAUAAAAGAUCUCCAGAAACAGGUCAAGGCGCUCACGGAUACGAAAGCCAAGUGCACAUGUUUAAGUAAGCAGAUGCAAUAUUCAAAUGCUUCAGUUUGAUUUUGUCUGUGUACAGAUAGUGAGAGGCAGAUUGGGAAGAAGAAAAAAAAGGAAACAUAAAGCAAAACCAACUGAACAUGUGAAGAAGUUUAGGAUUGUAGGGGACUGUGUGCUGUAGAAUGUUGUAUUGCUUUUACACCUUUUAUUGUGAGAUCUAAAAUGUAGUAAAGGCUAAUGCCUUUUUGUGUAAUAUCAUUGAGAAAUAAUGUAAGAAGCAAAGGCUUUUUCCUCCCUCUAA